AUGCGCGUGUUAUUGGUAGUGGGAUGUGCUUUGGCUGUUGCCUUAGCAGCUGAAAAUGACCAACUAUUUCCAACAACUUUGAGACCAUUCCGGUAUUCCACAUUCGCCCCCACCACAACCUACAAUCCCUACAAAUAUUACACAGCGCGUUACACACCUAAGUCUGACGCUGGUAAAUACGAUCCCGGUAAAUACGAUCCAGGUAAAUAUGACGCGGGUAGGUACGAUCCUGGGAAAUACGACGCAGGCCGCUACGACCCUGGUCGCUACGACCCCAGCAAAUACGACAGUUCUGGACGUUACACGCCCGACAAUUCUGGACUUUACAACGGUGACCGCGGCGACCGUGGUGGCGCUGGAGGAUUUUACACUGGCUCCUCAGACAAGGGAGGUCCAGGAGGUUUCUACGUAGGCUCCAAAGAUGACAUCGAAAAGUACAGGCCAGAAAAGGAUGCCGGAGUUGCAAGCCCAACUGCCGCGCCAGUAACUACAGCCGCCCCGGUCACCACCGCCGCCCCGGUUACCACCGCCGCUCCAGUGACCACAGCCGCCCCUGUGUCCUUUGUCAGCUCAACCUUCGUGCCCAUUACCUACAAACCAAUUUACAAGCCGACGCCCGCACCUGUGAUCCCAAAGGUCGAGUACCCUGGUACCUACGACUACAAAUACGGAAUUAUCCGCCAGGAGACUGAUAUUCUUCCCGAUGGUUACCACUACCUAUACGAAACAGAGAACAAGAUCCUCGCAGAGGAAGCUGGAAGGAUCGAGAAGUCCAACGACUUCGAAGGCAUGAGAGCCAAGGGUUUCUUCGAAUACGUUGGACCCGACGGUGUCACUUACAGAGUGGACUACACCGCAGACGAGAGGGGAUUCCUGCCAAGCGGCGCUCACUUACCAUAA